CGACGCUCCGCCUCGCACUUCCGGCGGGAGGAUCCGGUCCGGAGCGCCCGCGGCCGAGCCUCCGACCUGGGGACCCGUGAGCCCUGCAUCCACUUGAUCAUGGAGAGAGUUGGCUCGGGCCACCAGCCCCUUAGGUGAGGACUCUGCCUGGGGCUCCGUGGAUGAUUCCGAAUCAUGGAGGCGAAGAGGACUCCCCCAGCCAGGAGACCUUGUUGAAAGUCGAGGCCCAGCGUGGGUGGCUCUUCCCACAGCUGUUCAGGGGGAGCUGCCUUCCCCCACUGACCCAGAGCCAGGGAGUUGCAGCUUCCCCGGAUGGGGAAGUGGGCCCUUGACGUGGCCUUUGUGUGGAAGGCAGUAUUGACUCUGGGGCUGGUCCUCCUCUACUACUGCUUCUCCAUCGGCAUCACCUUCUACAACAAAUGGCUGACGAAGAGCUUCCACUUUCCGCUUUUCAUGACGAUGCUGCACCUGGCCGUGAUCUUCCUGUUCUCUGCCCUGUCCAGGGCACUGGUUCAGUGCUCCAGUCACAGGGCCCGCGUGGUGCUGAGCUGGACGGACUACCUCAGGAGAGUAGCUCCCACAGCGCUGGCGACCGCACUUGACGUGGGCUUGUCCAACUGGAGCUUCCUCUACAUCACCGUCUCGCUGUACACGAUGACCAAGUCUUCCGCUGUCCUCUUCAUCUUGAUCUUCUCUCUGAUCUUCAAGCUGGAGGAGCUGCGUGCAGCCCUGGUCCUGGUGGUCCUCCUCAUCGCCGGGGGCCUUUUCAUGUUCACGUACAAGUCCACACAGUUCAACGUGGAGGGCUUUGCCUUGGUGCUGGGGGCCUCAUUCAUCGGUGGCAUUCGCUGGACCCUCACCCAGAUGCUCCUGCAGAAGGCGGAACUUGGGCUCCAGAACCCCAUUGACACCAUGUUCCACCUGCAGCCACUUAUGUUUCUGGGGCUCUUCCCUCUCUUCGCGGUAUUUGAAGGUCUCCAUUUGUCCACGUCUGAGAAGAUCUUCCGUUUCCAGGACACAGGGCUGCUCCUGCGGGUACUAGGGAGCCUCUUCCUUGGAGGGAUUCUCGCCUUCGGUCUGGGCUUCUCAGAGUUCCUCCUGGUCUCUAGAACCUCCAGCCUCACUCUCUCCAUUGCUGGCAUUUUUAAGGAAGUCUGCACUCUACUGCUGGCAGCUCAUCUGCUGGGGGAUCAGAUCAGCCUCCUGAACUGGCUGGGCUUCGCCCUCUGCCUCUCGGGCAUAUCCCUGCAUGUUGCUCUCAAAGCCUUGCACUCUAGAGGUGAUGGUGGCCCUAAACCCUUGAAGGGGCUGGGCUCCCACCCCGACCUACAGCUGCUGCUCCGGAGUAGCCGGCCAGAGGAAGAUGACAAUGAGGAGGAAGAGGAGGAGGAGGAGUACUUUGUGGCCCAAGGGCAGCAGUGACCAGCCGGAGACCAGCUGGGAACCAGGCUGCUCCCAAGCCUCACACCUCACACCAGCUUAGGGACCCAGGUGGCUCUUCACAACAGCUGGGGAGCAGUGGGCCAGGAUUCUCCUGGGCUGGGCCUUGGGGAGCACGUGAACACACAGCCAGGCUCGGUCAGGGAGCUGAUGGAACAGAGGGGCUGGGCACCAGACCAGAGCAGGGCCCAGGCCAUGCUGGAAUCACAGCGAGACAAGGGAACGACUGGUCUCAGCUGCUUGCCAGGCUCUGCCAGCCAAGGUGAUUUCCUAGGGCAGAGCAGGAGAGCAGGUUUCUAAGGGGUCUGGGUUUAGACUGCAGCGCAGUUGGGAAGGGGAGAUGGAGAGGCUGGAGCCUCAUCACCUGGAGAGCGUCUUUUCUCAGAGAGCAGAUAUAUUUAUAGUUUGGAAAUAAAGGAUUUACGGUCCACUG